AUGGAUAACACCAGGAACCACAAUAGGAAGCGAGCCCGAGAUGACUCGGAGAACUCGGACUCCUCAGAAACCAACCAUACCCAACCCGUGUCAAAACUUGUCCGAGUUGACUCGAGCAACUCGGUUGCGAGCUCCCACGAGUCCGGCACCACCGGAGAGGAAUCGAACAAUUUGGAUGUUAACUCGGGCGAGUCGUUGACUCAGACUCCCGACCGAGGUGACUCGGACGAGUUGAUGGGCUCGGCAGAGGUCAAGCUGAUACAAGACGAUCUACUAAACAUCCUGGACGACUCUGACGCCGUCCCAGAGAUUCAAGGCCUUGACUCGGUGAUUAAGAGCUUCGAGGAAGAGAUACAAGUUCCGGCAUUUCCCGCGUCUGAAGCCACGUCAGCUUCAGGCCAGUCGACGCAGCCGGAACUUGGUUACCUUCUGGAAGCUUCUGACGACGAGCUUGGUCUUCCACCGACCAAUGGAGCAAGUGAGGAGGGAAAAAUCGAGGCUGCUGAUUUCACCACGAGUGGCUCCGAGGCCGUUGAAUUGGAUGGCAUGGUAGGGUUCGAGAACGACAUGAUUCCGAGUUACGACUCGUUCGGCUUCGGAAUCGGUGGCGACUCUGAAUUUGCUAAUAACAAUUAUAUUGGUGGGGUGGAGUACCUGGCUUUAGACGGUUUGUUUGAUUACCCGGGCGGCGGCGUUGCGGAUGUUUCGUGGCGAACCGAGUCCCUUUCGGCUUUGUAG